AUGGUUUCGGUUCGACACCGUCUUGGUUGCUGUAGGAGUGAUUUCCUCCUGGGUGGUAGAGCCCAUUGUACUAAACAUUGUGGACGACGACGGGGGCGUAGUUUUCGACACUCUAUCCCUGGUGCUUGUGCUGCGGCUCUUGCGCCUCAUUCGCCUCGUGCGAGCACUGCGCCUCUUCCAGCAGUUCCAGGAGAUGUGGAAGAUAGCGAACGGCUUUCUGGCCGCGUUCCGCACCGUUCUGUCCGCCUGCCUUCUAAUAUUGCUGACAGUCUACGCGGAUUCGCUUGUCUUGCCAUUGAGUUGAUCACAAGAAACUCGUCAUUGCGGCAAGAUCCGGUGACUGCACAGGUGAUCCAUACGCACUUCCCAUCGUUGCAAGUGACCAUGCUCACGUUAGUUCAGUUCGCGAACACAGAUUCUAUUGCGGCUGUGUACAAACCAAUCGUGGAGAGGGCAUGGCAUUUGGUAUUUUUUUUUGGUCUUGUCUGGCUCAUCGUGACGAUCAUGGCAUGGAAUUUGAUAACAGCUCUCAUUGUAGACGCGGCCAUCGUCCAGGGUGAUUCUGAUCGAGAGUUCGAGCUGGCCAUGAAGCGCAAGAGGUUGAGGGCCCUCGAACCUAUCAUGAAAGCCCUUUUCCAGGAGCUCGACAAACGCGGAAAUGGCCAUCUCAGCCUGAGCGAAUUCAGGUCUGGGUUAGAGAGCAUGGAAGCGACCACCAUGAAGCACCUCCCGGCAGACCUCAGGAACAUCCUGGAAUCGGACCAGCUCAUCGAAGUGUGCGAAUGUCUGGACUCUGAUGGCUCAGGUGCGAUCGACGAGACGGAGUUUAUUGACGGAAUCUUCAGCCUGGUGCUCCAGUCCGUUCCCAUCGAGACCACCCAGAUGCUGCAGCUGCUGCGCACGCAGAGCGACGUGCUGCAGAGGAUCCAGCGGAAGCUGCCCGCGGUCGUCCACCGAUCGCAGCACUGA